AUGCUGAAUUUUGUUGAGCAAGUAAUUCGUACUUUUGAUAUUGGCCAAGAUAAUGUCAGAGUGGGUGUGGUUACAUUCUCUGGAAGAUCAGUUUUGCAAUUUCACCUGAACAAAUAUUCUAAUAUAAACCAACUUCUGGAUGCCAUCUCUAAAAUCAAGUAUCUGGCUGGAUCAACAAACACUGCUGAUGCUUUAAGAUAUAUUCGCACAACAAGUUUCCUGAAACAAAAUGGUGACAGAAAUGGUGUGCCAAAUAUUGUGAUUGUUAUCACAGAUGGUAAAUCAAAUGUUCCAAUGUCAACUUCUGCAGAAGCUGCUAAGCUGAAAAUGAUUGCAACAAUAUUUUCUAUUGGAAUUGGAACUCAAGUUGGCACCAAGGAAUUGAAAGCUAUAGCAACAGACGAAAAGCACAUAUUCACUGUGAAUAACUUUCAUGCACUUGUGGAAAUCAAACAUUCCCUGGCAAUAAAAACCUGUGAAGCUGGCAAAGAAACAGAAAAUUCCAGAAAAUGCCCAGCAAAGGCAGAUAUAGUUUUUAUUUUGGAUUCAUCAGGAAGUAUUGGCAGGAGAAAUUUCAAAAAAAUCAUCAAAUUUGUACAAAGCAUUAGUAAACAUUUCAAUGUGAAAUCGGAUGAAGUUCAAAUCGGUUUGUAUAAAUAA